GUAAAGCUCUGAAGCUUGUUAUUCACUAGUCGAUAAGCAUUUAAGUUUACCAUGAGUUCUGUUUGGAAUGUUGUUCGGGCAGCAAAUUAUAAUUCUGUAUCAGAGAAUGAUGAAAAUAUUGCAGCACAAUCCCCUUUACCAGACAAGUUUAAACAAAAGUUUACUGUUAAUUCAUUGAGGAUGUCACUCAGAAAGAGAAUGCCGCUGAAAAGAAUUAAUAUUAACAAUGCUUCAUCCGAAUAUUAUGAAAGUGAAGCAAAGAAAAACAAAGUACAAAAUUUAAAGAGAAAAGACACAGAUGUACUCAGUUAUGGGAAUGAAAACAAAAUUAGAGGAGUUGCUAUUGAAACCUCAGUAAAGAAAACAUUUUAUAGAGUGGCAGAGCAAUUCACUGGGAAUGCCAAGAAGUCACAACUUAAAGAGACUCCGCAGAAGUCGACUCCGAGAACAAGAUAUCGAGAAAGGUUAAGAUCACCUCCUGACACUCCUGGAACUCCUUAUAAUCCGUUUGAUAGUCCAAAUGGGCCAGUAUGUACCACUCCAAUUGGCCAAGUUGAGAAAUUGAAAAGAUAUAUCAGGAACACACCAAAUAAUAAAAGUAUUAGAAGGUCGCCUCGGAUAUCUGCACAAAAAGCAAAAAAGAGAUCUGCCGAUGAUUUUUCACACCAUCUGGAAUUGGUUUCAUGUGGAAUUCAACAUCUGAAAGCCAACAGUAGUAAAAUGAUGGAAGCAAUUGAUAGGAUUGAUGCAGAAUAUGAACGUUCCCCUCUUUGUUUGAAAAUGAAAAGUAGACUAUGGAGAGAGGAGAGAAAGAAAUAUGCUCCAAUUGGUGAAAAAUGUGAAGCGAAUCAGAAUCAAACACAAACUAUUACUACUCACUCACACUCACAAACUUCCAACACGAAAAGAAUGCUGCGCAGAACAUUAACAAGAAUGUCAUUUAAAUCAAAAGGUCGGCCGGCUCUAAGAUCCACGAAAUCUACAUCUGAUAUCAAUCCGCAUUGUUACUUGGGACCUAUGAAUGCAAAGCAAAUGAAAUUGGCACCACUUGAAGAAUACAAAAUGGUGUCUCACAAAUGAUUUAAUCGUAAAUUUAUGAUAUACCUAAUAACUAUUUUCAAAUUAGGUGCUUUCUAACUUCUGCUGAGAGAAAACGCCUAUAAUAAUAGUAUUCAAAUUGAUAGAAAUCAGUGAUAGAGAUGUAAAAAUAAAGAAUAUUCUAUCAGAAAGAGGUAUGAAAAAGAAAUAAAGAAUACCUAUUAAUCUGAUUUUCGGAAAAAGAAGCAUUUGAAUGAUCAGGUAACAUGUUUAUGUGUAGGUCCCAUGGGCUGACUGCGGAUUUACUGCUAUAAGUUAUUGACCAUUGUGCCCAGAAAUUUGAGCUUUGAUCUUGCAAUGUCGUCGUUGCCUUGUGUUUAGUAAUUACUUUAUGGAUUCUUUUUCGACUAACAUUGGGGGUAAACAUAUUUGAAAAAAUGUAUUCUAGAAUUUACCUUGAAUAUGAUUUGAAUAUUUUUGCAUGGGUGUAUAUUACAGAAAAAUCUUGUUGAAUACCAAUUUUACUGACUAAAUCAUGCUUCAUUAACAAAAAUGAUAAAUUUUUCUAAUACAAAACUUUUUUUUAAUCCUGUUUGAUUUUUAAAAUAUAUCCUUUCCGAAUAUGAAAAUAUGGUUUAAACUGCCCAGCAUGACCCAUAGAUAAGACUGCUUUUGGAGGUGCUUUCUGUCAGUGACUUACAAAGCUAAGAAUCCAUAGACUUUGUAUGAUUUUUUUUGUUUUAGAUAUAGACGCUUCUAGUUGCUUGCCAAGUGUAUUCUAAUUGCCCUUUGAUAUUUAUGCGCAGAUCAUGGCAUGAUUCUUACAAUACUAAUUAGUGUCGAUGAUUGGCGAGACGACUGCUUUCUCAUAACCUGUUAUUAUUCCCAAUUAACCUAUAAUGACCCGACUUCUUGACUAUUUUUGUCUUCACGUUUAGACUUUGUGUUGGAAAAACCCAUUAGUAAAUAUCUACUUUGUAUAUCACGUCGGUAUCAAGUUUCGUCCCGUGUUUAACAUUCACAUUGACAGUAAUCAAGAUUUCGUAAUCCGCCUGUCUGCCACGCACCAUUAGAAUAAUGUUAAAUAUUUCUUGGUAUUUUCAACGGCUGUAAUCAAAUUAAAGUUUACAACGCCUGAUUCACCUGAUUGUGGAUGAUAUUGAAAGUUUCUUGAAUUCUAAGAUCAAUACUUCUGGAUGAGCUUCCCUAAUCGUUUGCCAAGUUUUAAAAUAAAAAAUGCCGUUUAGUGUUUCUGUGUUUAUUGAUCCAACUAAUGACUUCUAUUUCUGCCCGUACAUGUAUGCCUAUAUUGAAUGCUUUAAAAAAACAGAAAAAGUAACUUGUGAAAUACACUGCCAACUUGUCAUUAUUUCACAAAAUUUGUACUUUACUACGGCCGUCAUUGCUCAUCAUUUUUUGUUCUCACACGCGAGCUGUAAAUUACUGACGAAAUAAAUGUUAAAGAUUUUUACUUUCGUAUUCUAAAUUUCACUAAUUUUGCAUGUAUUAAUAUUUCUCUAAUAAAAUUCAAAUGAAUGCCAACAAAUGUCCCAAUCAAUAUCGCGAGGAAACUUCGUUUGUCGUUUUCAAUAUGGUUGGACUUUGUACUGAUUGAUGUGGUGCUUUCUGAACGCCCGCUGAUUUAAAUUGUAUGAUUUAUGUCCUUGUUUCUUCAUUAACGCUUGUUUCAAUAAUUGUAAAUACACAUCACAGUAACAAUA